CGCCCGCCCCGCGGCCGCCCCCUGCCGGCGGGCGGGCGCAGAGCGGCGGCGCACGGAGCGCGGAGCGCGGCGCACAGAGCGCGGAGCGCUGCCGCCGGCGCAUCGCAAACCCUCUCCCGGCCCCGCCGCAGCCCCCCGCCCGGCCAGAUGAUGAACUUUCUGCGGCGCAGGCUUUCGGACAGCAGCUUCAUCGCCAACCUGCCCAAUGGCUACAUGACCGACCUGCAGCGGCCGGAGCCGCAGCAGCCUCCGCCGCCGCCGCCUUCCGCGGGCUCCGCGGCCCCCGCCUCGGGCUCGCCGGCCGCGGAGCGCCGGCAGCCGCCGCAGCCCGCGCCCCCCCAGCAGCAGCCGCCGCCGCCGCAGCAGUCCGCGGGCAGCAGCUUCUUCAGCUCGCUCUCCAACGCCGUGAAGCAGACGGCGGCCUCGGCGGGGCUGGUGGACGCGUCCGCCGCCGUCUCCGCGGCUGUCGGCAGAAAGUUCAAGCUGCUCCUUGUCAUCGACGAGCCGCACACGGACUGGGCCAAGGCUUUUCGUGGAAAAAAGGUCCAUGGAGAGUAUGACAUAAAGGUGGAACAGGCAGAAUUUUCAGAAAUCAACUUGAUAGCCCACGCUGAUGGCAAUUAUGCAGUUGAUAUCCAAGUAAUUCGAAAUGGCACAAAAGUUGUCAGGUCGUUCCGGCCCGACUUUGUGCUGGUGAGGCAGCACUCCUACAGCAUGGCGGAGAACGAGGAUUUCCGCAACCUGAUCAUCGGCAUGCAGUACGCCGGCAUCCCCAGCGUCAACUCCCUCGAGUCCAUCUACAACUUCUGCGACAAGCCCUGGGUGUUUGCCCAGCUGGUGUCUGUCUACAAAACUUUGGGCCCAGAGAAGUUCCCUCUGAUCGAGCAGACGUUCUACCCAAACCACAAGGAGAUGCUCACAAUGCCAACCUUUCCUGUUGUUGUGAAGAUUGGACAUGCUCACUCAGGCAUGGGAAAGAUCAAGGUAGACAACCACUACGAUUUUCAGGACAUAGCCAGCGUGGUAGCACUCACUCAGACCUACGCCACCACUGAGCCCUUCAUAGACUCCAAAUAUGACAUCAGGAUCCAAAAAAUAGGCAGUAACUACAAGGCAUACAUGAGAACUUCCAUAUCUGGGAACUGGAAGACAAACACGGGCUCUGCCAUGCUGGAACAAAUUGCUAUGUCAGAUAAGUACAAGCUUUGGGUUGACACCUGUUCUGAAAUAUUUGGUGGUUUGGACAUCUGUGCUGUUAAAGCUGUACACGGGAAGGAUGGAAAAGAUUAUAUUUUUGAGGUGAUGGACUGUGCCAUGCCCCUGAUUGGGGAGCAUCAGGCCGAAGACAGGCAGCACAUCACUGAGUUAGUCGUAAGCAAAAUGAACCAAAUGUUGUCCAAAACUCCUAUUCCAUCUCCUCAGAGACCCACUGCCACUCAGCAGCCUCAGAGUGGAUCACUAAAGGAGCCAGAGCCAAACAAAAUCCCACCUCAGCGACCACCACCUCAAGGGGGCCCAGUGCAACCCCAAGGAAUGCAAUCCCAAAGCCAGGAGCCAUUGCAGCCCCAGCGCGUGUUCCCCGCGGGGCAGGCAGCAAAGGCCGCAGCCUCGCAGCCCCAGCGCCCGCCCGGACCCACCACCCAGCAGCCUCGGCCCCAGGCCCAAGGUCCUCCCAGCUCCAGGUUAUCAAAGGAAGCAGAGCCACAGCCACAGCCCCAGCCAGAGCCUCAGCCUGCGCCACAGCAGAAGCCUCAGUCGCAUCCGCAGCUUAACAAGUCGCAGUCCUUGACCAACGCCUUCAGCUUCACAGAGUCCUCCUUCUUCAGAUCAUCCGUGAACGAAGACGAGGCCAAAGCUGAGACCAUCCGGAACCUGAGGAAAUCCUUUGCCAGUCUGUUUUCUGAUUAGCAGCUUCUUGUAGAGUCCGACACCGCCGUGAAUGUCCCAUAGGUUUUGUUCUCCCUGUGCCAGCACCCUUCUCUACUGUGCUCACUGUUGUACCAAGCAAUAUGUUAAACCUACAGAAACACAAAUCGAUAGCAGCAGGACUUUGGUGAGGGAGAUGCCACACAGGAACACGUGAAAAGCUCCGGAAAGAAGGAAGGGUUCCAUUGCUCCCACAGAAUGUCUGACCCCAAGGUCUGUAUCCAUUGUAAUUUUGUGGCCUUACUGUGACUGAAGUAUAUAAUCCUAUUUGAGACUCCUUUGUAGAAUUGUGUUAAUAAAGCAUUGGGGAAUGGGUUUCUCCUCUCUUUGCCCGUUUCCAAUGCACUGCAAUGCAUGUGUAUUUCGUGUGUAAAUGUUUUGUACUGCAGAAGUAUAGUCUUGACUUGUUCUUGCCUCCUGGAUUCAGGAGGCCGUUCACACUGACAUUCUUGUAGAGCCACAUAAAUAAUGUGAGAAAUUGAAGCAGUUUCUUCCUCCUUAUCCAAUCCUUCCAUCAGCUGGUUGUGGACUUCUGAUGUAUUGCUGGGAGUUAUCAGUACACUAAAUGUCAUAAAUAGAGUGUAUAUGUACUACUGUAUCUCCAUAUGUCUAUUUAAAGGAUUUGUUUCCAAACUGUAACCAUAACUGGGUUUAGUUGCAAAGAAUAUGCAUGAUGUUACCCUUAUUUUUGUGAACACCUUCUAAUAAAUGUAAAGUCCCAUGCCUGAUUUAAAAAAAUGUCUUCUACAAAGCUUGUUUAGACAUCAAUAUAUAUGGUCUAUUUUGACUGAUAUCAAGAGGGUAGCUUUAUGAUUAUAAAAUAUUUGGACACAAACUACAGCUGCAAGAAAAUAAACUAUCACAAU